GCUCUGCUCACUAAACUACAUCCGUCAGAUACGGGCGGAUACGCUAUUUUGUUACAAUUUUGUUGGCCUCUUGUUACCAUCAUUUUGUGGUAACUAAAACAACAACAGCAGUAAUGUUUUAUUACUGCAGUGAAAAAUCGUCCGGUGCACGAAUCGUCAACAAAGUGGAAGAAUAUUGACAGCUCGUCAAGCCGCUAGCCGCUCACUACACAUACACAACGCUUCCUGCCCUGCCUGCCGACACUUCUUCACUCGACUUCUUUCCAGCUAUGACUGAUACUUUAGACCAAACCGACAAGGAAAAGAUGCGCUCAGUGUCUGUGGACCUGAGUAAUGAUGUGUCUCUGCUUAUUGACAUUCCUGAUGCCCUGUGUGAGAGGGACAAAGUCAAGUUUACAGUCCACACAAAGACCACACUUACCACUUUCCAGAAGCCUGAAAUCUCCGUUCCCAGGCAGCAUGAAGAUUUCAUCUGGCUACAUGACACUCUGGUUGAGACAGAAGACUAUGCUGGCCUUAUAAUUCCCCCAGCACCCCCAAAGCCUGACUUUGAAAGUCCAAGAGAGAAGAUGCACAAACUGGGAGAAGGUGAAGCCACUAUGACUAAGGAGGAGUACACUAAAAUGAAGCAGGAGUUGGAAGCUGAGUACCUGGCUGUGUUCAAGAAAACUGUCCAAGUGCAUGAAAUUUUCCUGCAGAGGUUAUCCUCUCAUCCCAUUCUAAGCAAAGACAGAAACUUCCAGAUUUUCCUAGAAUAUGACCAGGAUCUCAGUGUCAGAAGAAAGAAUGCCAAGGAGAUGUUUGGGGGAUUCUUUAAAAACAUGGUGAAGUCAGCAGACGAGGUCCUUAUCUCAGGAAUAAAGGAAGUGGAUGACUUUUUUGAGCAGGAGAAAACGUUCCUUCUUGACUACUACAGCAAAAUUAAAGAUUCCACUGCCAAAGCCGAGAAAAUGACCCGCACACACAAAAAUAUAGCAGAGGAUUACAUUCAGAUCUCGGCCACUCUGAACACACUUUCUGCCGAAGAUAGUACAGCAAAUAGGAAGCACAUGGAGAAGCUGUCGGAUCUGUUUGAGAAGCUCAGAAAAGUGGAGGGAAGAGUAGCGUCUGACCAGGAGCUAAAGCUCACAGAGUUGCUAAGAUAUUACAUGCGAGACAUUCAGGCAGCAAAGGAUCUUCUGUACCGACGAGCUCGGGCAUUGGCCGACUAUGAGAACUCCAACAAGGCUUUGGAUAAGGCUCGACUGAAAAGUAAGGACAUUCCUCAGGCGGAGGAACACCAGCAGCAGUGUCUACAGAAGUUUGACAAGCUCUCAGAGUCUGGGAAGAAAGAGCUCACCAGUUUCAAGGGUAGACGAGUUGUGGCUUUUCGAAAGAAUCUCAUAGAGAUGGCCGAACUGGAGAUUAAACAUGCCAAGAGCAAUGUGACGCUAUUGCAGGGGUGUAUUGAGCUGCUGAAGAGCAACUGACAGCAAAUGACAGUAUUCUUGUCCUAACUGCCAUAUGACCAGGUAUGGCCAGUGAAAUCCUGGUGUCUCUGGGGCCUCACACUGACAUGAAUUCACGCCCCAUCUUGGCUUUCACUUGACUCUUGACCUAUUGCUUUGUUAGCACAGCAUUCUUCUAUGUACUCAAACCAUGUCCUCUGGUCCGCAGCGCAUAUUCUUUACACCCAACCCAAUAUUUUUGACUCUAGCAUUGACGUUUACCUUUUGUUUUCUUUUUCUUGUAACAGCUCAUUUUCAUACAAUUCAGUGAUGCUUUUCAAUGCCAUUUCUAUUUGAAUUUUCUUUCUUGUGAAUAGUCUGACACAUCUAUAUGAUUUUCACUAGAAUAAUUUUGAAUUAGGGUCUGCCAACACAUUCUCAACAAUCCCAGAUGAUGGUUUAGCGCACCACAUCCUAUAUAAAGAUGGAUUUCUUUUUAAAAAUUUGUUUGCACAAGGCAGUCAUACUACCUCUAGUACAGGUAUGAUAUUGUCUGCUGUACCUUCCUACUAAUUGUGCCCUUUCAAUCCUUCCAUUUACAAUGUUUUGGAUAUUUUGACCUCAUUUUGCCCCAUAUCCUCAAUCGCCUUGAUGAGGUCUCAUGUAUUAGGCCCAUCAUGUUUUCCAGGUAUCGAAACAAUUAUGAAAAAGUUUCACAAUCAUCACAAAGCACAGUGGUGUGUUAAUACAUUAUAGAUUUCUAAAAGAAUGUAUUUGUUAUUGAUACCAAGAGUGGAUUUCUUUAUGCAAAGAUUUUCUAACUCAACGUUAGCUUUUUAUAAAUUUGUAGCAAUAUUGAAUAAAUCCUACUUUCCCAAAAUUGG